AAAUACACUUUAUCAGCAGCGACACCAGUUUGGCGCUUUUGAGUGGAUUUUGUAAAAUUCUCAUCGCUGCCAAAAUAUGUACAAGCAAAAUUUAAUAGUUCAUAUAAAUAUAUGAUAAGUAAUUGCAUUGAAAAAUUAUUAUUUUUAUGUAAAAGUAUAAAGAGGUAUUCAAGUAGGCAUCUAUUUUUUAUCUAAAAGGUUACUAAUAUACUAAUUGUCAGUGAAGUGUUGUUAACGAACGUUUCUUAAGCGAGCAAAAAUGUGGUUGAUUAGGGAACAAACUUAUUGAACAAUAUAAAAAUUGAUAAAAAUAAUGUCAGAUUAGAACUAGCAAAAAUGUGAUUAUUGUUUGUGAUUGUGAAAAAUAAUAAAAAUAUAUAACUUACUUAUCCUAUCUUCAACAUUUUAUUUAUGUGUUUGAGGUAUUAAUAUUUUCAAGAUACACUUUUAGAAUAGUUGAAUAAAUUCGUCGGUUUUUUGGGAUCAUGGAUGCACCUAAGACUUCUGAUAUUGUACUCUUAUCAGGAAACUCUCAUCCAGAAUUAGCAAAUUUAAUUCACAAGAGACUAGGAGUAAAAUCAAGCGGAUGUGCUGUUUACCAUAAAUCAAAUCGCGAAUCGAUGGUCCAAAUUAACGAUUCUAUUAGAGGGAAGGAAGUCUACAUUAUCCAAACUGGUGCAAAGGAUGUUAACAAUAAUAUUAUGGAACUAUUGAUAAUGGCUUAUGCUUGUAAAACUUCAUCAGCGAAAUCCAUUGUUGGUGUUAUACCUUAUCUGCCUUAUAGCAAGCAAUGCAAAAUGCGCAAACGAGGCAGCAUUGUCACAAAACUAUUAGCACAAAUGAUGUGCAAUUCAGGAUUAACACAUAUCAUAACAAUGGACCUGCACCAAAAAGAAAUACAAGGAUUUUUUGAUUGCCCUGUUGACAAUUUAAGAGCGAGUCCUUUCCUCCUUCAAUAUAUUCAAGAAAGUAUUCCAGAUUAUCGUAAUUCAGUAAUAGUUGCAAGAAAUCCUGCAGCAACAAACAAAGCUACUUCAUAUGCAGAACGUCUUCGACUUGGUAUUGCAGUUAUUCAUGGAGAACAAAAACAGUCUGAUUCAGAUGAGAUAGAUGGAAGAUAUUCCCCUCCAACCUUACCUAGAUCACGUACCAUGGAUGCAGGUGUUGGUGUACCUGUACAUAUUGCUAAGGAAAAACCUCCAAUUAAUGUAGUUGGAGAUGUGGGUGGACGCAUUGCUAUCAUGGUGGAUGAUUUAAUAGAUGAUGUCCAGUCUUUCGUCGCAGCUGCUGAAGUCCUAAAAGAACGUGGAGCUUAUAAAAUUUACGUUAUGGCUACACAUGGAUUACUUUCAUCUGAUGCUCCUCGUUUAAUUGAUGAUUCACCUAUAGAUGAAGUGGUGGUCACCAAUACCAUACCACAUGAACUUCAAAAAAUGCAGUGCCACAAGAUAAAAACAGUGGAUAUUUCAAUUUUAUUAUCAGAAGCUAUUAGACGAAUUCACAAUAAAGAAUCCAUGUCAUAUUUAUUCAAAAACGUCACUCUUGAAGACUAAGUUUCUUAAAUUGUGAAACAUAAAUUAAGUUUUAGAUUUAAUACGUAUAGUCUUUAAUUUUUAUCACGUGUCCUGUACAAAAUCAGGCACUAUUGCAAAUGGUCAUAAAUUAGCAAAAGUUGAAGUUUGUUUUUGCAAAAUAUUUUAUUGAAAACAAAUUGAUAAAUUUGAUUUUCACAAUUAAAGGGUUUAAGUGGCUAUUCUGAUGACCGCACUUUUUACAAUGUUUUUACUUUAUUUUAAUCGAUAUUUUUAUGGUUUUUGUACAUUUAAAAUUUUGGAAAUUUAAACAUUAGGUUAUCCGCCCAAAUUUAUUAAAAUUUCAUAUUAUUGAAGCAAUACAUGUAAGAUUAAAAAUAUAAUUAAUUUUAUCUUCCUAAAGUUUUAAGGAGAAAUAUUAAAAAUUUAUUGUAAAAUUCAUAAAAACUUGAAGUUUAUAUUUCCAAUUAUAUUUUAUCAUUAUUUAGCACACUUAGACAAAUUAACAACUUAGUAAAUCUACUAGUUUAAUUUCUAGAGUGUUUUUUACUAGAAUCAGGGCUAUAUUUCUUUAUAUUUAUUCAAUAACUGCUUCUGUCUAUUUGUUGACCACAAUAACUGAUACUAUCAUAGUUAUUUUAGAUAUUCACUUUUUAGUUUGACUGUUGAAUAGUGUAUUUUCUUGAAUUAAUGUUCUUGAUUUUAGAUGAUCUAACUUUUGUAUCAAACUAUUUUUUGACAUUAAUAACCUUGGUAUCUAAAUCAAUUGAUUAAAUGAAUAUCAAAAUACAAUCUACAUCAAUCAUUAGAUAUUUUGUCUUUAAUUGUAAAUAUUCUUAAUACACACAAGCAAAAGUAAAAUUAUAACACAGUUGAAAUUGCUUAGGUAUUUUUAUCAAUUAUAGAAUUUUCCAUUUUUAUGUAUAUGAACAAUUACUAAGAAUUCUCGUCUUUGUAUUUUAAUCUAUUUCAAGAAUUUUUAAAUUUUUAUACUCAUGUAUGUGUAUUUUUUCCUAUGACUGUUUUUUUAUUUAUUUGAUCUAUUUUAUUGCAAUUAUAAAACAAAAAUAUUCUCUAUAAAAAAUAUUUAUUAAAAUAGACCUAAAAUCGAAGAACAUUCAUUAAAAACUGGAUGAAUAUUAUAUUUUGAACAUAAUUGUGCUUUAAUACCAAAAUUAUAUUUAUCAUGUUUGUAUAUUGUUUUACGCAGUACUUCACCAGCAACAGUACCAAACGUACUUAUUGUACUAGAUGAUAUGUACAUUUAAAAUAUUAUGACUGUAUUAUAAACAAUAACAAUAGGAUAUAAAUAAAUUAACAUUCUAUACCAUACAUUUAUAUUUGUCCAAGAUUAAAUAAGAUUCCUCUGAGCACUGAGUUUCAUUUUCAAACCAUUGAGUUUCAACUCUUACAAUGUUUGCAUGUAGUGAUUAAGUAACUUGCAAAAUUUCUGGAAUGUAAAUUAGGCGUGAAAUAUUUGAAAAUUAGAUCAUGUACAAAGAAAGUUUAAAACAGGUCAGCUUUUUAACUGACUAAAUACAAACAGAUUACUUUAACUAAGACCUUAAAUACGAUUUCUUCAAUUGUGUCACAUGUUGUAACUGUCAAACAUUGUUAUAACCAAAAAUUAUUUUAUUUUGAAUAUAUCCUUUUUAGUUACAUACUCCAUACUUAACUAAGUUGGAAUUUCUGCAACCGUUGGCGAUAGUCAUACUGAAUAGGAGCCGUCCAUAAAUCCACGGAC